AACCCUCCCCACAUAAGAAGGACAGCUAACCUUUCCAGAAGCAAGGGUUUUAGGAGCUGGAAUCACAUCAGGUUGGCCAAGCCACAGCGAGAGAUACAUAGAGAGAGAGAGAGACGGACAAACAGAGAGGGAGAGAAAGGUGAGUAUAGUUUCCCCUGAGCCCGUGUUCUAAAUAUGGUGGAGACAGCAAGAUCGCUCCCCAUAGCUGUAAAUUCUCACCCCGUGGUCAGGAUAUUGUUGGGUUGUAUUUUUAUUACUGCAGCAUUGUCUUGGAGAUAAAAUAAAGGAAGAAUGAGGAUGAGGAACAAACACCGGAAAUCAUCUGCUUUCCAUUGCAAUGCAGGAAGCAGAUGCUCCGUAUCGUUAAUUGUGUGGAGCUUGGUGGGAUGCAUCCUCAUGAUUCAUUUCUAUUCCCUGAUCCAUCACAAGGAUAACGAAAAGAUCCAUAUUGGUUCGAGCCAUUUGUCUGUCACCAGAGAAUUGGAAGAGGUUGAGGAGGAGAAUUUAUAUUUUCCACGCCCUAGAGGAAAGCGGUCGCCGCAUGCACCGAAACGAAGGGGACCACGAAAGCCGCCUUCGGUGGUUGAUGAAUUCUUAGAUGAAUCUUCUGAAGUGCAUGCCCUUUUCUUUCCUAAUCGAAAGAGCACAGUAGACCCAAAUAAGAAAGGGAAUGACAGCAUGUAUUACUACCCAGGUAGACUGUGGUUGGACACCGAGGGAAAUCCUAUUCAAGCACAUGGAGGAGGAAUUUUAUUUGAUGAGAGGACAGAGACCUACUAUUGGUAUGGAGAGAACAAAGAUGGCCCAACUUACCAGGCACAUAGGAGAGGAGCUGCACGGGUUGACAUCAUUGGAGUUAGUUGCUACUCCUCGAAGGAUUUGUGGGAAUGGACGAAUGAGGGUAUUGUGCUCUCAGGAGAAGAAACCAAUGCCUCCCAUGACCUCCACGUGUCCAAUGUGCUUGAGAGACCCAAAGUGAUAUACAAUGAUGUGAGUGGUCAAUAUGUCAUGUGGAUGCACAUAGAUGAUGCUAACUACACCAAAGCUUCAGUGGGUGUCGCUGUCAGUGACUCCCCAACAGGACCUUUCACAUACCUUUAUAGCUUCCGCCCACAUGGUUUUGAGAGUAGGGACAUGACCAUCUUCAAAGAUGAUGACGGCAAGGCCUAUCUGAUCUACUCUUCUGAGGACAACAGCGAGCUCCAUGUUGGUCCAUUAACUGAUGAUUACCUCAAUGUCACAACAGUGAUGAGGAGGAUUCUGGUGGGACAACAUAGGGAAGCUCCUGCCCUGUUCAGGUACCAAGGAACCUACUACAUGGUCACUUCCGGUUGUACUGGGUGGGCUCCAAACAGAGCACUGGCUCAUGCAGCAGAGUCAAUCAUGGGCCCUUGGGAAACAAUGGGAAAUCCUUGCAUUGGAGGGAACAAGAUUUUCAGGUCGACCACAUUCUUUGCUCAAAGCACAUUUGUAGUCCCGGUGCCAGGGUUGCCUGGUUCAUUCAUCUUCAUGGCAGAUCGGUGGAAUCCAUCGGAGCUGAGGGAUUCCAGGUAUGUGUGGCUGCCUUUAACCAUUGGGGGAGUGGCUGAUGAGCCUCUAGAGUACAAUUUUGGGUUCCCAUUGUGGUCCAGAGUGUCCAUUUAUUGGCACAGAAGAUGGAGGCUCCCAGAAGGGUGGAGAACUGCAUAAAUCUGGAGUCUUUAUAGUUCUUUCAAAUGAUACCGUCUAGAUCAUUCAGUUUCUAUUGAUAGUGUGAAUAUAUUUUCCCAAUAUGUGCAGUUUUUGGUGAUUACUCUCUUCUUUGGAAGAUUUGAUCCUCCUCUCAAAGGCGACUGUUGUAAUGUAUGUUAUGCUGUUGUGGGAUAACUAAUCCAACUUCAUGUUACUUUCUAUCAAUAAGAUAGGGAGGGAAUGCUUGGAAGGUUAAAUUAUCAUGCAAAUCUUUAAAGCAAUUUAUUUUUUAUGGAGUUCUUGGGCA